AUGACGGUGGUGACUAAUCCAGCGCGGACCAACUCGGAUGAUGAGAUCGAGUCGGGUCAUGAGAGCGCGGCGGGCGAGUAUGCGGGAAACCUGGACGUGGAGGAACACGCUCGUCUCUACGACGACGAGAAGCAGUCUGACAUCGUGUUCGUGGCCGGCAUCAAUGGCGACACGUGGCGCUACCCCGGCCACCGCCGCGUGCUGGCCGCUACCAGCCCCGUUUUCGCCGCGCUGCUGGCUUGCAAAACCGAUGUUAUCGUCGUCGACUACAUCGACCGAAGAGGCUUCGAGCAGCUGCUCCGCUACCACUACUGCGAGCCAACACAACUCAACUCCGUGGCCACAGCUCGAUGUGCACUCGAUGCGGCCUACAAGUUCCUCUGCUCUCCGCUUGCAGAGCGAUGCGCUCGACGUCUAGACGAAAUGUUAGAUGCUGGUGUAGCGCUCGAGAUACUACGGGACUUACGAUUCCUUUGUGCCAGGCUACCCGGAGCUGCGUCCGCACCGCCUCUGCCAGCUCUGUCAGAUGAUGCAGCAGCUCGGUCGCUGGCGCAAUGUUCUCGCUGGUGCGACUCUCUAGCCCACAAUGCUCUGCUGGUGCUCGAUGAUGACGCAGAUACUGCACUCAAUGAUGAACGCUUGGAAGACCUUACUUAUGAAGAUUUGGCGCUUAUUGUAAAACGAGACACAUUGCGUGUAUCCAGUGAGCUUGUAUUGGCAGAGGCUCUAUCGCGGUGGGCCACAGCUGCUUGUAAGCGUACAAAGCGGGAGUUGACGUCAGCCAAUAAAAGGGCGGCUCUUGGCGAGCUCGCCUACUGCCCGCGCUACCUGCUUCUCUCGGGUGAAGAGUUAGAUCGAGCUCUUUCUUUGGAGUUAUUGGAGCCGAUGGAGCGAGCUCUGGUGACGGCACGUGCUCGCAAAUUGUCGGCGCCAGUGCCAGUAGGCGCAGAGCAGGAGUCGCUGCUGCGUCGCUGGGCGCGGCCGCGACCCACCGAGCCCGCGGCGCUGCCCGUGCACCUGAGCCCGCGCUCCGAGCCGCCCGUGGAAGAGCCGCAGCCCAGCAAGCUGUGUGCCCGCCGCCCCAAGCGUCCCAAGCAGCCUAGCUUUGCCCCUGAAGAGAAGCGCAAGAAGAAAGGCUGCUGCGCGUGCUUCGGCGAGGGAUUGUUACGUGCUUUUAUUUGUCUGUUUGACUGA